AACCUCAGCAGCAUCCAGCCAGGAGCACGGGACAGCGGUGACAUGACGUCACGGGGGGCGGGGUUAUCAUGGCGGCUGAGACAGCUGCUGAGGAGCCGAUGCGGUCCUGUUAAGCACCGAGCAAUUGCCGGUCAUGGAGUGUCCCUUUCCGGUGGUGGCAGGUGCGGGGAGCGGGGUGGCGAAGGCUUCAGAGCUCACGGAGCAGAAUCCGGAGCAAGCGAUGGCGGCCUCGGGGUGCGGGCAGCAGACGGAUGACAGCGCCCGGGUACCAGCUCCACACGGCGAACAGGCGGCCCCGGAUACCGAGAAGCCGCAGCAGGCCUCGGAAAGCAGCGAGAGCGCCCAGGGCGGAGAGCCCGGGCCCGCUGUGGAGAAGGCGUCCGCCGCCUCCAUGACUCCCGAAGAAGCGAGCAGCAGCGGCGGCCACAGCAUCCCCGGCGCCUCCCAGAGCCUCGACUCCCUGGAGUCCUUCUCCAACCUGCUCUCCUGUCCCAGCUCCGAGCUGAACAGUGACGGCGCGGAGGACAGGCUGCCCGGCACCGAGGAAGACGACGAUGGCCGGGAGGCUGCCAGGGACAGGUACCCGGGACAGUCCGUCUAUCACAUCAAAUGGAUCCGCUGGAAGGAGCAAAGCACCCCCAUCGUCACCCAGAACGAGAACGGGCCGUGCCCACUGCUGGCCAUCAUGAAUGUUCUGCUGCUGGCAUGGAAGGUGAAAUUACCCCCCAUGAUAGAAAUGAUUACCGCAGAGCAGCUUAUGGAGUAUCUUGGAGAUUAUAUUUUAGAGGCAAAACCUAAAGAGAUUUCUGAAGCUCAGCGUCUGAACUAUGAGCAGAAUAUGAGUGAUGCCAUGGCUAUUCUACAUAAGUUACAGACUGGCCUUGAUGUCAAUGUGAAGUUCACUGGAGUGAGUGUGUUUGAGUACACUCCUGAGUGCAUUGUGUUUGAUCUCCUUGAUAUACCACUUUACCACGGCUGGCUGGUGGAUCCAGAGAUUUCUGAAGUUGCAAAGGCAGUCGGUAACUGCAGCUACAACCAGCUGGUAGAGAAGAUUAUUUCCUGCAAGCAGUCAGACAACAGUGAGCUGGUUAGUGAAGGCUAUGAUGCUGAACGGUUUUUGAAUGGCACAGCCACACAGCUGACGUACCACGGGCUAAGUGAGGUGACUUCAACCCUUCAGGAGGGAGAGCUAUGUGUAUUCUUCAGGAACAAUCAUUUUAGCACUAUGACCAAAUAUAAG